UUCCGUUCCUCUGGAACUCUCUUCUCUCCUCACUUAGUUGUUCGCUCAAUACAGCAGUUUCCGUUUGACUCCGUAUUCAUCACAGCAAGCAGUGGUUCACUCCACACGGUUACACAACGAAUCUCUUUGUAACUAGUGUGCAUCGUCUCUUAGGAGCAAAGAGGAUAACAAUCUAUUAGUCCAAUCCAAACUAAGCUUAUUGAACUGGAUUUAUGAUUGUUUUAUACUAUAGACACCCUUUUGUUUAAGGACUCGAAGGGCGGACUCGCUUAACUCCUUGUAAUAUUCUUGUCUGGGUACUUCGUGGUUCCAACAUUUCGCCAAAUUACAAUAUUUGUGAGCUUUAAUCAGAAUGAACAAAAUGCGAUUUAACCAUCGUUAGGGGGACAGCGAGUAGCUUUGUCGUCCAAAAGUCUCUACUAUUUCUACAAGUCAUCUUCCUUUUACUCCUUGCCAUUUUUUCCAUGCUUUCAAUGGUUGCGUUCUAAUGGGCUCGCGCCGGGGUCGGAUCCGAGAUCGGUCAUUUUUGCGACGCGUCUGGCGCGUCUUCCUGAUCUCCCCAUGCAAGCACUUUAAACCAGCACAGUAACGACACAGCACCAGAUUGUUUUUGAGACCAGAGCCUAACCCCUCAAAAUGCCUCCAAAGGCAGCACAAUCGCAGACGCCUCGGCGGCGCAAGGAAUUGCGAGAUACACAUACAAAAAACAUCCUCAAUAACGCGCUCGACUCGGACUCGGAGCCAGAAGAGGUCGAUGAAGGCCCCUGGAUCCCCGUUCUCGAAAAGAAUAAGAUUGUUGCGUUUCAGAGGAAGAAAGAUGGGCUAGAAUGUCGAGUUGGAGAUUGUGUCGUAUUGGUAGGAAGUGAUGGAAAUAAUUGGGUGGGGCUGUUGAAAAGUUUUCUAGGGAAAGACGAUGAAGGGGAUGAAUGCGCCGAGUUUGUUUGUAGGAUAUCUCCAUGGCAGAUUUGCGGUUUGGAUUCUAUGGCUAACCAGGCGAAGGGUUUGCCAAUGAGAAAGAAAUCCGGAGUCAGCAUAAAAAGAGAAAGGACUUUCUUCCUGUAAUGCCCUCUUUCCCCAUUACCCGAACGCCUUCUGUACUAGACUGACCUGGCUAGAAUGAAUUGUACUUUACGCCAGGGGAAGACGAAAGCCCACUCCUUUCCAUCAUAGACAAAGCUACUAUUCUCUCUGCACAGCAGUAUUCUGGUCGCCCGAUACAGAUGGCCAAGCGUGGACGGAAACCAAAGGGCUACGUCGAGACAACAUUUGUCUGCCGGAGAGCCUGUCAGUUGAAAAACACAACAUAUACAGAACAGUUCGAUUGGGAUGAGAUCAAACCCGAGACAGAAAAAGAAGUCUCUCAAUUGGUUGACAAAAUAAAUGACGAAAUUGAAAGUAUAAGGCAACAAAACAGAGGCCAGCGUAAGCCAGGGUCUGCAAGACCCGUGGGACGGCCUCCUAAGCGAAAGAAGGAGGAGGUCGAGGAGGAUGACGAAGAAGAUGUGGAUGAUUAUAAAGAUGAGGGCCUGGAAGAUAUAGCGGAAGAUGAAGAUGACGAUGAUGGCAACGGAUCGGAUGGCUAUGGCGAUAUUGUCAAGACGCCCCGGAAAAAGAAGAAAUUUACCAAAACAGUAACGCCUCGGAAACAACGAACUCCUUCGAAACUACUUACACCAAGCCAUAAGAGGUGAGAAGACUCCACGAAUACAGAAAUCUCUAUUUACUUACAAACUUUAGGGUCAUGGUAAAGAAGCCCUUGGAAUUUACACCUUUAGGAACACGCAUGUUGGACCCAGAAUCAGUCCAAAAUUCCCCAUUCCAAACAGCUCGUUCCAAACUUCACGUUGCCGCUGUUCCCACGUGUCUACCAUGUCGAGAAGAUGAAUUUGCAUCAGUGUAUUCACAUCUGGAAGCUGCCAUUUUUGAAGGCACUGGUGCAUGUAUUUACAUUUCGGGAACCCCCGGGACAGGAAAAACAGCUACUGUGAGGGAAGUUGUUGCCCAACUCAACGCAUCAGUCAUGGCGGAUGAAAUCGAUGAUUUCAUUUUUGUUGAAAUCAAUGGCAUGAAAGUUACCGACCCUCAUCAAUCAUAUUCUCUGUUAUGGGAAGCUCUCAAGGGUGACCGAGUGAGCCCAUCGCACGCUCUAGAUCUCCUAGAACGAGAAUUCAACCAUCCAAGUCCUCGAAGAGUACCUUGCGUGGUUCUCAUGGAUGAAUUGGAUCAACUUGUCACCAAAAAUCAGAGCGUCAUGUACAACUUCUUCAACUGGCCUGGCUUAAGACACAGCAAAUUGAUUGUCCUCGCUGUAGCAAACACCAUGGAUCUUCCCGAAAGAACACUCAGCAACAAGAUCAGCAGUCGACUUGGUCUCACCAGAAUCACAUUUCCAGGCUACAAUCAUGACCAACUAAUGAAAAUCAUCCAAUCACGUCUUGAAGGCGUCCCCGGAAACAUCGUCGACCCAGACGCCAUCCAAUUCGCCAGUCGAAAAGUAGCAGCAGUGAGUGGAGACGCUCGACGGGCACUCGACAUUUGUAGACGGGCGGUUGAACUGGCGGAGUCAGAUAGUCAAUCAGCAGUCCCAAGCACACCAAGUAAAAGUGGCAAGGGAGAGAAAAUUUCCAAGAACGUGGGACGAGUCACGAUUGCUACUGUGAAAAGAGCAAUCAAUGAAGCUACGACAAGCCCGCUACAGCAGUAUUUACGGGGCUUACCACUUUCGUCAAAGAUCUUGUUAGCAGCUCUGCUAGCGAAAACGCGAAGAACGGGAAUCGCAGAAAGUAUCCUGGGAGAUGUCCUCGAUGAAGUCCGGAGGAUGGCGAAGAUGGAUACUGGAGGUCAAACUGGGAAACAUCUGUUAACAGAAAGUAACACCAUGAAAAGCGUUGCUGUAUGGAAACCUCAGCCAGGAAAAGCGCCCAGGGUCCUUGCUAUGGGAUUUGCAGCGGUCGAUCUCAUGGAAGCGGGAAUCAUUGGUCUCGAGGCAAGGAAGGCUGAUCGCACAGGUAAGAUACGGUUGAGUAUCGGAGAGGAGGAUUUAAAGUUGGCUUUCAAAGAUGAUCCAGAGAUCAAAAAUCUUGGAUUCUCGGCGUAAAGUAGCUAGGUAAAUAAUAUAGACAGACACGAAAUUAUGAUACCC